GCAUUGGAGGGAAUUGGUGAGCCGUUAAUUUUAUAGUCUUUGGAGUUGUGUUAGCUUGACGAAGAAGGGUGCGCAGGUUAAGCGAAUCUGCUUUGUGCCUAGUGGGCGUAGGUUAGGCCAGUAGAGACGCACAGAAAGAAAGAGAGAACCCUUUAUGCUUCGAGAGAGAGAGAGACAUACAGACAGAGUCUCUGUUCCUUAGAGGAUCGAUGUCCAAAAUGAAGCAUCUACUCAGAAAGCUUCACAUCGGUGGUGGACUCAAUGAACACCAGAGAUUGGCCGAGUCCCGACCCACAACGAACCCGAGCCCCACUCAGAGUCCGAGUCCGAGUCCGAAUACGCCCGCUUCGUCUUCUUCUUCUUCGGGGCCGUCUUCGACGGCCUCUGGGCCCGCCACAAUGGGGAGAAUCGGGGCCGAUGAAUCAGUCGUCGAUCGGACGGCUGGGGAUGGCGGUGGCGGUGGUGGUGAUGGCUGCGUGGAUUUCAAUUUCAUGGAGGAGGAAUUUCAGGUGCAGUUGGCCCUAGCGAUUAGCGCAUCCGAUCCAGAUGCGCGCGAGGACUCCGAGACGGCUCAGAUCGAUGCCGCCAAGCAGAUUAGCCUUGGGUGCUCCGCUCCCGUCUCUGACAGUCAAGCCAUCGUCAAGUUUUUAUCGCUUCGGUAUUGGAACUAUAAUGUAGUAAGUUAUCAUGAAAAAGUGAUGGAUGGUUUUUAUGAUGUAUAUGGCAUUACCUCAAAGCUGGACACACAAGGGAAGAUGCCUUUGUUGGUGGAUCUUCAAGCAAUAUCCAUUUCAGAUAAUGUUGACUAUGAAGUUAUUUUCGUAAAUCGCUUGGUUGAUCGUGAACUUCAAAAGCUUGAGAAGAUAGCUUGUACCAUAUCCAAAGAGUAUCGAGUUUCUGAACAGGGCCAGAUUUUAAGUGGUUUGAUUCAGAAAAUUGCCGAUCUUGUUGUUGAUAGAAUGGGUGGUGUGGUACUUGAUGCUGAUGAAAUGUUGAGAAGAUGGAACACAAGGAGUUAUGAGUUACGGAAUUCUCUAAACACAAUUAUUCUUCCCCUUGGAUGUCUUGAUGUUGGACUUUCACGCCAUAGGGCCUUGCUAUUUAAGGUACUAGCGGAUAGGAUUAAUCUUCCAUGUACGUUGGUCAAAGGAAGCUACUAUACAGGCACUGAUGAUGGAGCUGUGAACUUCAUCAAAAUGGAUGAUGGAAGUGAAUAUAUAAUUGAUCUCAUGGGUGCUCCUGGUACCCUAAUUCCUGCUGAAGUACCAAGCAGUCAGCUCCCAAAUCCUGUCUAUGAUGUAAGGAGCUAUGCAGAUGUCAUUGGAAUACCCACUGAUGUGUGUUUGAUGGAUAAUGAAGGAAACAGAAAGCUGGUACCACCUGAUCUUGAUAGAGUUUUUGAAAUUGUUGGUUCAAAGUCAGACGAAGCUUCAGUUGUAGGCAUGCAAACAAAAGAAAAUCAAACUGAGAUAUUUGAAAAUCAAUGGGGCAAGCUUCUUCCAUCACUGCAGAAAACAUGUGAAAGCUCAUCGGGCACAUGUGGAAAAGCAUCAUCAGCACAGAAAAAGAAAGUUAAGGAUGUUUCAAAAUAUGUAAUCAGUGCAGCCAAGAACCCCGAGUUUGCUCAGAAACUGCAUGCUGUUCUGUUAGAGAGUGGUGCAUCGCCUCCUCCAGAUUUGUUUUCAGACAUAAAUCCACAUGAUCUGGGUCAACAGAAGUUGGUUGGACAAAAUGAUCUGGUGAAUGCAAAAAAUGUAGACAAUGAGGUUCAAUAUGAACCUGAUAAGUUUUUGUCAAAUCUGGAGCAGUCCCUUGUACCCAAUACUGAAAUGGAGCCUUUGAACAAUGUCACUUGUGAUAGGAAACAAAAACUAUCUACGCAGAGGUUAUCCAAUCAAUCAAAAGAAUUGGAGACAACUUCCAUUAUGUCUGAUGUUUCUUUGCCCUCUGAACCUACAACUCAGGGAUUUGUGCUUGUUGGUAGUGGAAGUAAUGACCCCGUCUGUGCUGAUGCUACAGGUGUAAAUGCGGUUACUCUUAACAAUGCUGAAAUGGUUGCUAGAGCUCUGCAUGAUACUGCAGCUGACUCUUGCCAAAGACAAGUUAAUAUUGCAUUAGUCAAUGAUGAUCAACAGUGCUUUCUGGAUAAGAUUAGAAGAGAUUCUGCUGACAUUGAGUUGGGCAAAGAAUCUGUUAUGAAAUUAACAGAAGCAGCCAACACCGGUCUCUUCAUUGCUUCUGAUGCUCAUGGUGAGGGUACUAACCCAGUGCUGGGGGAAGUUGCAGAAUGGGAAAUUCCUUGGGAGGAUCUACGGAUUGGUGAACGUAUUGGUAUCGGUUCGUAUGGUGAGGUUUAUCGUGCAGAUUGGAAUGGCACUGAAGUUGCUGUCAAGAAGUUUCUGGACCAAGGUUUAUCUGGUGAUGCAUUGGUUCAGGUUAAAAGUGAAGUUGAAAUCAUGUUAAGGCUAAGACAUCCUAAUGUUGUCCUUUUCAUGGGAGCAGUUACACGGCCCCCACAUUUCUCUAUACUGACGGAGUUCCUUCCCAGGGGAAGUUUGUAUAGAUUACUCCAUCGUCCCAAUUCUCCAAUUGAUGAAAAGAGGCGAAUGCGGAUGGCACGUGAUGUGGCCAGAGGAAUGAAUUACUUGCAUACAAGCCAUCCUCCCAUUGUGCAUCGAGAUUUAAAGUCUCCAAAUCUCCUCGUUGAUAAAAACUGGGUUGUUAAGGUUUGUGAUUUUGGUUUAUCGCGCAUGAAGCACCAUACUUUUCUGUCUUCUAAAUCCACUGCUGGAACACCUGAAUGGAUGGCACCCGAAGUUCUAAGGAAUGAACAAGCCAACGAGAAGUGUGAUGUGUAUAGCUUUGGUGUGAUAUUAUGGGAGUUAUCUACUUUACGUAUCCCUUGGAAAGGCUUGAACCCGAUGCAGGUUGUUGGAGCUGUUGGAUUCCAGAACAGGCGUCUUGAAAUUCAGGACGAAGUUGAUCCAGCAGUUGCAGAGAUAAUACAUGAUUGCUGGCAAACGGAUCCACAAUUACGGCCUUCUUUCGCACAGCUCUACUCCCGGCUUUGCCAUCUUCAACGCCUUGUUGUUUCAACAAAUUAAUAGACACGGUGACAGAUCGCGACGUUGUAAUAAUAGUUGUUCUUCGGCUCAAAGAGCCAGAGGAGCUGAAGAUUUCAUAUGAAAAAGAAACUUGCUGGAUUGGAAAGUGCUGGUUCAUUCAAAGUGGGAGUCAGCGCAAGCCAUUCAGAAGAAUUGGUGUUCCUCCUAACUGAAUAGCUGCAAAAGUGCAGUGGAGGAGGAGGAUACGAUUGAAUGUUAGUGGUGUAAGUAGGUAGUAUCAUUCUACAUGUAAGAAUGUCCCGGGAGUAGAAGAGGGAGUUUUAAAAGAAAAGAAAGAAAGAAAGAAA